AAACGAAAAAAAAGAAUACAUAAAGUAUUGUAGAUAAUUUAAAUGUGUUCUAUAAAUUUUACAAGAUAAAAAUGCUAAUCAGUCCGAGUGCGGAUAGAUGCAUAGUUUUGUGAUAAAGAUCACAAGAAAGGAAGAUUGAGAGCGACCAUUGGUAUCUGGCGUUCAAUUUCAAACAGGGCGUUUCGCGCAUGCGCCUUUCAUUUCGGCUUCAUGUAUAAUGUUGCCAACAUGCCAACGCACAGCGAGUUGCACUUCUAUCUUAUGUACAUAUAUGUAUAUACAGACGACAAUGGACUCCGCCACGGUCAUUUGAUCGUUUCUUGUUAGGUUCUUAUAAUUGUUUUUUUUUGUUCACUUUUUUUGUUUAAAUGUGAGCAAAUUUUUAUUCGUCGUUAUUACAUAUUUGUUAGACACAAAGCUAAUAGUGUUAGGCAAAACGUACUGCCUAUUAUUUUAGAAUCAAAGAUGAAAAACACAAAGGUCAAAAAUUCAAGAACAUGUUCAGAACAUUUUAGCGACCAAAGUGGAUUGUUUGACAUUGCUGUUCGACCAAUGCUACAAGAAGGGCACGAGGGGGAAUUAUGCAGUUGGUUGAAAGAAAUGAGUUUGAUUCGUACAACUUGCAAUUGCCGUAAUUUGGAUUGUAAAGGACGUAAUUUAACAUGGAGCCCUGCACGAAUCAUUGACAAAUAUGUUUGGACUUGUCCUAAUUGUACACAAAAACAGCCCAUAAGGGAAAAUUCUUUCUUCCUUGGAAUAAAAUGUGAUUUGAAAUUGUGCCUUCAACUGAUACUGGGAUGGUGUCAAAAUAUUCCUUGUGAAGAUACCGCUUCUUAUUUAGAUGUAAAGCAACACGUGGUUAGGAAGACAUAUGAACGAUGUGACGAAGUUUCCUCGAUCUAUGUUAGAAAACAUCCAGAUGAUUGGUUAUUAGGUGGACAAGGUGCAAUAUUAAUUGUGGAUGAAUUUCCUGGUGGCUACAUGACAGAGCAUCAACCAGAUAUAAAUUCUACUAAAAAACGUAAUAAUAAUUCACAAACAAUAAUAUGUAUCGCAGAAGCAAAAACUGUACCACCUCGCAUAUGGUUACAUAUGAUUGAAGCUAUACCAGAGCCACAAAAAAUUGACAAGUUACAAACAGGAGACGACAAAAGUAACAUGGUAAAAGAAGCUCUAGAGCAGAUUACGAGACAUGCAGCAUCAGGAAGUUGUAUAGUAGCAAAUAAUCGUGCUCGUUGCUGCAAUUAUGAAUCUUUACAGAGUCUAUCUAUAAAAUAUAAAAUUAUAAGUGUAGAACAAUUACAAAAAUAUGAUCCACCUGGUAAAAGUAAACUUGUUAAUAAUCUCGGAACAAUUUGGCAAACUGCCAUUGAAGUUUGUGAGGAAGUUCAAGAAGCUACGCAUAAAACAGGUUCACAUAUCAUUGCUAGGCAUUUGUGGAGACAAAAAUUUGGUGCAACGCCUUCUACUGCAUUUCAAGAUAUGCUGACUCAUAUUGCGGAAUAUUUUCAAUUUUCUUAGACAUAAGUAAAUAUUGAAAUCUCUUUGACAUCAUUGCAUUACGAUUGUCAUAUGUGACAAAAAGGAUUUCUCAAGAUAACUAUAUAUUUGUUUAUGAGCAAAGAAACAGAUAUCGAAAAGCUAGUUCAAAUAUUUUAUAUUAUACAAGUUUUACAAGUUGCCUUAUUAAAUCAAAUAUUCAUAAAUGAUAUAUAUGUAUAUAUUCCACAAAAACCGUUUUUUUUUUAUUUGUGGAUAGCAAAAUGUAAGUUGAUAAUGGUUAUAUUAUUAAGUCUUCCAAGUAUUACUAAGAUAUUACUCAUUAUAUAACAUUAAGCACCAACAUAUGAUAACUGUUAAUAUAUUAGAAUUAUAUAAUGGAAAAGAUGGAUUUCAAUAUGUUAAGAAAACGAAAUAUGAGGUGGUACAAUCCAUUUGUGACAAGUUAUAUCUAAUAUUUUUAUUUGUUCUAAUAUUGACAGAAAGUAUAGAAGACUGAUGUCAACUCUACCAAUAGAAUAUUGAAGUAAUUUUGAGUCCAUUAACAUAGCAAUACUAGCGUAAAAAUAUGAAAUGAUAAUAAUACGUACCCACAUAAUACGUUUUCUACUUGAAGAGAUAUUAUGUGUUUUAAUGUUAAGUGAACCUCUUGUUUUUUUUUAUUAAUAUCUUCAAAUAUUCAAAUACGCACAAAAUUAAAUUUAUGAUAUAUAACUUUUUAUACAUAUAUAUAUUUUUUUAUACACUUAAUUUCUCUAUUCUAAAGUUGUUAGAAUUAAGCGUUUCAUUUAUCCUAACAGUUCUCCUUAGUCCUCAUUUAUUUAAUUAAUUUUGAAUGCAAACUGAAUAAAAAAGAUAUGUAUAAUUUACUAUAAUUUCAUAUGAGGAUGUAAAAUUGUUUAAAUAUAAAUCGCAAGAGAGCACUGUAAGAGGAGAAAUGUACAAAAAUAUUUUUAGAAUAGAGGAAUUUAAUUGUGUAUUGUUUUCAUACAUAUGUUUGUUACAUAACGUCCUGUAGUUUUAUUGUUAGAUAUAAUUUUAUAUAAGGGUCAAACAAUCUGCAGGAUCAUUGUGUAAUCUAUUUACAAUUUAUCAACUACAACAUUAUAAAUAAAUUUUACAACAUUAUAAAUAAAUCAUUUUUAUAUAAAAUGAAAA